CUCAAGACGUUUUGCCGAGUGUGUUUUCGUCGGUUCGGUCAACUAUACAGAAAUAUUUUUCUCUCUAUAAUACCUAUAGAUACGAAAAUAUAUAGUAGAGAGGCGUUGUGUGCAUAUAGAAACUUAGUUCAAGACCAAAAACGACAGAUUUCAGAGGAGGUCACUCUGUGUGCGGUUAUUGAACAAAUCAAAUCGAAUAAAAAACUAAGAAAAAACAUAUAUAAAUAUAUGAAAAAUAUAUAUUAAUUGCCUUGUCAAUAUUGUAAUUGAUUGACCAAAAGGACCCGCAAAAUAUCCGAAUAUCUCCAGUUUUAUCUGUGUGUGGUGAACGACUUUCCAUCAAAGUUUGGCCGUGAUAAGUGAAAGUUAAUAUUUUGGCCACGAAAUGUUUCCCAACCAGAACAACGUAGCCGCUACUGGGCCCGGUCCGGCGCCUGAUGGCCAACAGAGCCUUGGCUACAAUGGACUGCCGACUCAGCAGCAGCAGCAACAGUUGUCACAGUCCACGAAGAAUGUGCGAAAGAAACCCUAUGUUAAGAUCACGGAGCAGCCGGCGGGCAAGGCCCUUCGUUUUCGCUACGAGUGUGAGGGCCGCUCGGCGGGCUCUAUUCCGGGAGUAAACUCCACGCCGGAGAACAAGACCUAUCCGACGAUUGAGAUUGUGGGCUACAAGGGACGUGCCGUGGUGGUCGUCUCAUGUGUGACCAAGGAUACGCCUUAUCGUCCUCAUCCUCACAAUCUGGUGGGCAAGGAGGGCUGUAAGAAGGGCGUCUGCACAUUGGAGAUCAACAGCGAAACCAUGCGAGCUGUCUUCAGCAACCUGGGCAUUCAGUGUGUCAAGAAGAAGGACAUUGAGGCGGCGCUCAAGGCGCGUGAGGAGAUUCGCGUGGAUCCCUUUAAGACUGGCUUCUCGCAUCGUUUCCAGCCCUCGAGCAUUGACCUAAACUCGGUACGACUCUGCUUUCAAGUAUUCAUGGAGAGCGAACAGAAGGGUCGCUUCACAUCGCCUCUACCGCCUGUGGUCUCGGAACCCAUUUUCGACAAGAAGGCCAUGUCCGACCUGGUCAUCUGCCGGCUGUGCAGCUGCUCGGCCACCGUGCUCGGCAACACACAGAUCAUCCUGCUGUGCGAGAAGGUGGCCAAGGAGGAUAUUUCGGUGCGCUUCUUUGAGGAGAAGAACGGCCAGACUGUGUGGGAGGCAUUUGGGGAUUUCCAGCACACUGAUGUCCACAAGCAGACUGCCAUUACCUUUAAGACGCCGCGCUAUCACACCCUGGACAUUACAGAGCCGGCCAAGGUCUUCAUCCAACUGCGACGCCCAUCGGACGGAGUCACCAGCGAGGCCUUGCCCUUCGAGUACGUGCCAUUGGAUUCAGGUAAACACACAUUCUGGAACCUUCAUCGGCACCUCAAGCGGAAGCCCGACGAAGAUAUCUUUCAGCAGAUUCUCAAGUUGGACGCCAAGCGGGAGGCGCCAACGAUUGAGGUCAUUGACUUGGAUACCCCGAAAAUACAGGUGCAGCGAGAGCCACCUUUGGACGUGGUAUUCCAUCAAGAGGAUUCUAUACAAGAGGAGCCUUCAUUUUUGUCCCAAGAACACGAGCAGGAUUCACAGCAGGAAGGAUUUUUACAGCAGGAGGAAUCUCUGCCGCAGGAGCAAACUUUACAGCAUGAAGAAGAGCAAUCCCUGCAGCAGGAGCAGCCUCUCCAACGGGAGUUUUCAGCCCAGCAAUCCGUUGAACAGCCCUCGGAGCACUUGACGGAUCACACUUCCGAUCAUAUUCCCGAGGAUAUGGAGGCAGCCGAUGCCCAGGCAGAGGCUGAGGCCCAUCGUUUGCGGUCCGAACAGGAGAAGGAGAUCGACACCAUUAUCGAUGAGAAGGUGCGGGAAUUGGAGCAGCUAGAACUGGGUCAACAUCUCGAACCGCGACCGCUGUCGGCCGAUGACAAAGUCACCGAAUGGAUGAAGUCCAGCGAGAUCGAGCAGAUGGUUCAUGAACCAAGUCCCACGGUCGAAGGAGAUGUCUUGGACGCUGCCUUGGAGGCGCAUAUAACCGAGGAGGAUAAGACACUGAAUGAACUUCUGGAGCAGGUGGCGGAGCUGGAUGAGAUUUACACGGACUACAAGGUCCAACGGGACACCUACAAUAACACCAUGAGGAACGAGCUGGCUGCAAUGGAGGGACAUCCGCCGUUGCAAGUGGAGGAGAGUUUCGAUGAUGCGGCCACCUAUACGAGCUUGCAGAUUGCCUUUAGGAACCCUGUUCUUAUACCCAUGGAUGACAUCAUGCCGCCAACGCCGCCCAUGUCGCAAUGUGCUCCAGAAGACGCCCACCAGCAUUACGAUCCUGUGGAGGUUAACUCACAGGCCAAAAAACCGGAGACUCCAUCCCGACCAGCUCCCCCCGUGCCAGUGCAAGUGCCACUGCAAAUGCCUGCGAUUAUUACGGUUCCGUUUCCCCCCGAGGAGGAGAAGCUGCCGCCUCUGCCGCCGAAAAGGAUUCGCAAGCAGGACAGCAACGCGGAGAAUCGUUCCAUCGAGGCCAAUACGGUUCAGGCCAGGCCAUCCACAGCCGAAUCCCCUCUAAACAAGAGACUUCCUCCCGCUCCUUCUAAUCCCAAGAACCCGAAUUUCAACACUCUACCGAGGCAGAAGAAGCCAGGCUUUUUCUCAAAGCUUUUCUCGCGGCGUAAGAGCAAACCGGACUUGGCCCAGGGAUCGGGUCAGGAUAGCGGCUCUCUGCUGGACUCCAAGAUGAAUAGUAGGGAGCCUAGCAUAGGGCACUUUAACAUGCAGGACCCGAUGAGGGCCUCGCUCCGCUCCUCCAAGUCUGCAGCGCCCUUCCUCUCAAGCACCAAUCAGACAGCAGCAACAACAACGAAAACCAGUCCUGUGAAGGCCAAGAAGCCCGGCUCGAAACUGACCAAGCCAGUGGGCCGGAGUGUGAGCAGUGUUUCGGGAAAGAGGCCAGCCUACUUGAAUGCCGAUGUGGUACACAUACCCCUGAAGGGUGACAGUGCCAACAGCCUGCCCCAGCAUCCCCGAACCGAGGCCUAUUCCCAGUCCAGCACUGUGUCAGUGGGCGGAGGACUGGACCGGCGCACUGCAUCCGCUUUGCAGCUGGCCGAUAUACCGAUUAGCGAGGGCGGCAUGGAGCUGGUGGCCAUUGCCGAUCGCCAGAGCCUGCACAAUUUGGUCAGCUCCAUCGAGGGGCACUUCAAUGUCCAGCUGGAUCCCAAUCUGGAUCUGACCGAAGCCGAACACUUUGCCUUGUACACGAGUAUUCCGCCGCUGGCGGCGGCCAGUGAAUUCGAUGAGACCUCCGCCUACUAUGCUCCAGUGGAUGCCGGCGAGAUCCUCACCCCCGAUGAGGUGGCCAAGCGAUUGGCGGCAGCUAAUGGCCUGAAUUAGACCGUGAAAAUUUGUUAAAUUAUAUAUUGUUUAGGCAAACGAAAAAAAGAGGUUAAGAAGCUACCUACGAAACUCCAAAACGAAGCAAGUUGCGUACGGAAAGCCAGAGGGGAAAAGUAGACCCUUUCCAUAAUGAAGGGAAAAUCGGCUCUGGUGGAGGUCCACUUGUGGGAGGAAAGCCUUUUCAGGUCCUCCGAAAAUUGUAUUUGUUUUUUAGAUUUGAUAAUUGUGCUAAAAGUAUCCCCCGAAAUAUGUAUUUUGUAAGCGAUACCAAGAGCAACGAGAGCCCAGGCAAAUGGGCUUGAAAGAGAUUUGUUAUUGUCCAGGUCGCUCCUUCCAAAGAAGGAUGCAGGACCUCCCAUUAAUUGUAUUUAAGCGAAACCACUCAAUUUUCAGAGUAGCGUAAGAUUUCCACAGCGAAAUCGAAUAUUGUUUUUAAAUUGAAACCAAAAAACCAAACCGAAUCCAUGUACAACAUUGUGUGUGUAUGUUUUGUCUUAUAGAUCCAGCGCACCUGAGGCGGAAACGUCAGAAGACUGGCGGUGAUCCCAUGCACCUGCUGCUAGCGCAGCAGCAGAAACAGCAGUUACAGAACGACCAUCAGGAUGGCAGUAAGUC